AUCGCCAUUGCCUUGCGGGGUCUGGGGAUGGAUUGUCAUCAGUCCGGCACUUCGUGGGGUAGAGAGGGAAAACUGUUGACUCGCCGUCUCCCCGCUUCGGCAAAAGUUUCAGUUUCUGAACGUAUAUAUGUAGCGACCGUCGGACUUUUCAAAACUGUUGCGCGAUUGCUUCAUACCCCACCCCCUCUUGGAGCUCUCCCUUCCUACGAUCUUCUCCUGAGCUCAUCGAUAUAGACACUCCCAGUCGACAUGUCCGCCAAUGCCACACUGACAAACAUGUCGGACCAAAGACCUACGCCAAAGGACCUCGAAAAGGGGUCCAUCGAACAUGAACGACACAGUCCGCACGAAGCUGGCACCCCUCUGAUAGUUCACUUUGAGUCUGGAGAUAACUUGGAUCCUCACCAAUGGCCAGCAUGGAAACGAUAUGGGACUGUUGCUUUUGCUUCGUGGCUGAAUGUCCUUGUGUGUAUCGGAGCGUCUGGAUACUCUACGGGCUCGACAGAGAUCGCAGAGGACUUCGGUGUUUCGGAUGAGAUCGUUACGCUAGGGCUAUCCCUCUAUGUUCUCGGAUUUGCCUUCGGCCCUAUGUUGCUCGCUCCUUUCAGUGAAUUCUAUGGGCGGAAACCUAUAUAUCUCGUCUCAUGGUUCAUCUUCACUGUCUUUCAAAUACCACUCGCUGUUGCUCCCAACAUAGCUACCGUCCUCGUCUGCAGAUUCAUACAAGGUUUCAUGGGCUCCACACCAUUGGCAAACACCGGUGGUGUCGUCCAUGACAUCUUCAGGCGCGACGAAUCCGGGUUCGCCACCUCAAUAUACGCACUUUCGAGCACGAUAGGUCCACCAUUCGGCAACGGUGUCACAGGCUACAUCGCUCAAAACCUAGGAUGGCGGUGGUUGUUCUGGUUCAACCUGAUCAUUUUCGGCGCACAUUUCCUCAUCCUACUGGUGUUCUUCCCAGAAACCCGCGACACCAUCAUCCUCAUGAAAAAGGCCAGGCAAGUCCGUGAAAAGACUGGCAACGACGACUACGUCGCGCCCCAUGAGAACGAUCGCAAACAGCCAGGUCGGUUGUGGAAGGUAUCGCUCGUGCGUCCUUUCAAAUUCUUGUUCACGGAGCCUAUCACUAUUUUCUCGGCGCUUUACAACGGGUUCCUGUUCGGCUUGAUCUUCUUGUUCAACGAAUCGUUCCCCUUGAUGUUCGGCACUGGAAAUGGUGGCCACGGAUGGACGCACUCGGGCACCGUCAACCUCACGUUUCUGUCCCUCGUCGUGGGCUCCGUCCUCGCUUGGCUCUUCUCUACACCAUUCCAAGAACGUUUCUACCAAGCUGCACUCACAAGGAAUGGCGGAAAGAGUGUACCCGAAGCGCGUGUGGCUUGUGCGCUUAUUGGGACGUUCCUGUUACCUAUCGGUCUUUUCAUUGCCGCUUGGACAAGUUAUCAAGAUAUCACGUUCAUCGCUCCCCUGAUCGGCGCAGCAGUCUUCGGUUUUGGUUUCUAUCAAGUUCUAUACUCUAUCCUGAACUACGUCGUAGAUGGUUACGGCCACUACAGCGCCAGCGCAUUGGCGGGCGUGGUCCUAGUCCGAAACCUCUUCGGUGCUGGCUUCCCUCUCUUUGCACGCCAGAUGUAUGUCAACCUUGGAAAUCAAUGGGCGACAUGUCUGCUCGCCUUCCUGUCUAUUCUCCUCAUCCCGAUACCCUUCUAUCUCUUCUACUACGGACGGACGGUUCGAUAUGCAAGCCCUUACUGUAGAGAACAUUUCGACGAAGAGGACUGAUACAUGACCACGCACGCACGAUUCAUCACCAUGAAUGAGGAAUUACUAGUAGAGCAGCCACGAAUCGAAUCGAAUCGAAUUGCUGAUGUAUCAAGUAUCUAUUCUACAUACAUUACGGAUGUAAUGAC